UGGUCUUAAUUUGUUAGAUUUUUGAGCAUCAGUGCGCGUGUGUCUCUAUCUCACUCUUUCAUUUUCUGGAGUCUGUAUUAUUACCGUUUACUGAUCACACUCAGCAGCAGCAUCAAAGAAAGAGAGAGAGAUGCUGGAAAACCCUACACCUACAGCUACAAAUACAGCAGCAGCAGCAGCAACAACAGCAGACCCAGCGAUCAAGCGCUAUGCUCCUCCCAAUCAGAGGAAUCGCAGUCUCAACAGGCGCAAGCCAGAUCGGUUUGAUCGAACAAAUAAUCUUUAUGCAAAUGAUGUAGACAAGAAUCAAGUUGCCGGUUCAAAAAACGUACCUGUCAUAGAUCUUGGGGAUUCAGGGAGUAGCAAUCUUCUGAAUGAGAACCCACGUACAGGGUUAAUAGCUUUACAGGGUUGUAGUAGCAGUGAAGCUUCUCAACUCUUGAGUGAGCGUUGGGAAACCGCAAUGCGUUCCUCCAAUAAUCCAUCAAUAGAUCUAGCUGAGAGACCAGUUAUGUACCCUGGAAGUGGUUCAUCAGCAUGGAGUCAAUCUAGAAUUCCUCAGCAGAUGGACUUUCUGGGUGAACUUCGCCGUGCAAUGUGCAAUGCACAUGCCAGUUUUAGCACCUAACACUUCACGUUGCAACUUGCAAAUCCUAUGGACCUGGAUUGUAGAGUACUUUUGGAACUCAAUUUCAGGAGUACGUUGCAGCCAACUAGCCAAGACAGAAAAAUCAGGAGUAGCGGUUGUUUUUGUUCAUCAAAACUAAUUAUGUUCAACUCUGUUAGCUCAUAUGUGAUUAUGGCACAGAAGGUAUUGUCCAUGCAUCUGGACUAUCACACAACUAGCAUCUACCGCUUGUUUGUAACCACCAUAUUAAUAUGGUUUAUAUAUGCAUACAAAAGACCGAGAUCUCUCUCUC